GUUGUUGUACUAGGAAGCGGCGGGGUUGGAAAAUCUGCUCUCACGGUUCAGUUUGUUUCCAAUACUUUUAUCGAGAAAUAUGAUCCGACGAUUGAAGACUUUUAUAGGAAAGAAAUCGAGGUUGAUGGGCAGCCAUGUGUUCUUGAAAUUCUUGAUACAGCUGGAACUGAGCAGUUCGCUUCUAUGAGGGACCUGUAUAUUAAAAAUGGUCAAGGCUUUGUUGUAGUAUAUGCUAUUACCAGUCAACAAACCUUCCACGACAUAAGAACGAUGCGCGACCAAAUCGUUAGGGUAAAGGGUACAGAGCAGGUGCCUAUAUUACUUGUAGGGAACAAAUGCGACCUAGUUCAUCAACGACAGGUAAGAAGCGAAGAUGGACUAGCUCUUGCUGAGUAUUGGUCGUGUCCGUUUACAGAAUGCUCUGCUAAAAACGCUCAUAACGUAAAUACAGUGUUUGCCGAAAUAGUUCGCGAGAUGAAUUACAUCCAGAGCAAUCGAGCUAAUCAAGGACGUGACUGUUGUACCUUAAUCUGA